GGCAAGUGGCAACAGCUCGCCGUCGAGAAAUAUACUUACUGGCUGAUUUUAGCUAUUAAAGAAACCAGAUAACGCCACAUUUGAUGGGCAAACAAUUGCUAGAUACUUGUUAAAAAAAUUGUUAUUAGCAAGCUUUGUAAAGAAGGGACAUGCAGGUUUCUUAGUUGUAGCGUUUUGCGAAAGUUGUGGUGACAUUAUUUUAUGUGCUGCUGACGUUGCUACGUUACCUCCUCUAACGUUAGCUGACUUCGACCAGUUCUUGAAACGUUUACAAAGUUACAUUUGUUUAAAUAGCGCAGUAACUAGUAUGUAGAGGUAAACAUUUCUUUACAUUCUUCAACAUGGAAACUCAGAAGUGUUUGCAUAAUAAGAAGCUGCCCAAGAUCCCUGACAGUCCAAACCGCCUCCUACCACAACUUCCACAGAUCCGCUCCAAACCCCAGUGGCAGGAGACAGCUCCUGCCUUUGUCCUGCAGCCGCCAGUCAGAGGAGAGUCCCAUGGCUUUGGGGCGGCAGUUAGACUGUCCAGAGAUGUGCUGGGUGGAGGGUCGGGAACCAGGCGUUACCAGAGCCUGAGCAGAGGCCUGGAGGACUCCCAGAGCAGAGAGGCCGGCCUGUCAUCAGAGUCCUCCAAACAUCGCAGCAGUAGCCACACUCAGCCCAAAAAAGACCGGGAGCAGUUCCGCAGUGCCCUGGUCAGCAUAAUCCUGCAGCAUGAAUCUGCCAGUGGCAAAACCAUUUUGGAGGACAGUCAGCCCCCUACCUGUGGGUCCCCCACAGCUACAGAGAAGGAUAUCCUGAGAUAUUACUAUUACAUUCGCAAUGGGAUCGACACAGAGCAUGUGGCAGCCAUGGAGGACUCCUGGCUGGAGAAUGUUCUGGACCUGGUGCCCACUCACCUGAAGAGGCUGACUAGGACCAUAGAGCUGCUAUCAGACGAGAUGAAGGAGGACUACCUGCUCAGUGUGAAGAAAGCCAUCGUGGAUUUCGUACUUCGGGACCCGAGGGAAAACGAUGAAGACAAGGUCAAAGAUGUUCCUCCUCACAGAGUUGAAAUGGAGGUGGUCCCUAAACCAUGGAACAAAUCAUUCCUUCAUGCCCAAAAGAGGAUGAGAGAUAAGUUGCAUUCCAUCAACCCCACUAUGCUGUCAGUGCUGGACCUGUGGCAUGUGUCUUUCAAGAAGAUGCGUCUCAUCGAUGUUGAGGAGUUCCAGAACAGGCAGGAGUCUAUGGAGCUCUCCAUCUUCCAGCAUCUAGUCACCAGACACAUUGAGUGUGCCAAGGACAUCCUCCUCAAAAAGUGGUUUCCCGAAGUUCAGCACAUUUACUACCAGGGGAACAAACGCAAGCUGGUCCCCAGCAACACCAACGCAGCCAAACUGCAGUCCUUCUUCAACUGUGUGGCUGCCCUGAUGGCCUCACAGCUCCAGAGUCUAGCACUGGAGUCCAUCCAGGAUUACACACACCUCAUUUCCCAGGACCCGUACUCGGUGAGGGCCUAUGAGCACCCUGGCUUUGUCCUGCGUCUGAUCCUGGAUCAGAAUGACAUCAAGUUUGAGCCUGACUUCAAAGACUUUGAGGUCAUCCUUCUCAACGUCUACGACAUCAUGCUGAAAUCUAUCAGCUUGGUGCCGCGCGUGGAGACCAAGCUCUACUCAGAAUGGCCGGGCUGCCAGAGCGGGGGCACACUCAAGCCCAUCAUCCUCCCAGAGAUCAUGCAGGCCCAGCAGGAGGAGGUGAGGAGGGUAAUCUGGGAGGAGAGCGCCGGGCCUCUGGACCAUGUGCGACUCUACGACAAGUACGCUCCCCUGGUGUCCCAGCAGGCCCAGGAUGACGUGGAGCAGUUCCUCCGCGAGCAGCAUUCCUUCCCAGAGAUCAUGAUAGAGGUCACCCGUUACCAACAGCUGGCAGAUGAGAUCCAGUACAGCUCCAGCAAGGUGGUGCGCCUGGGUAUGUUUGAAGUGCACUGCCAUGAACUGGUCCGUGCCCUGGUGAAGCGUGCCGAGGGACUGCGGCAACAUCUGGUCACACAUAUGUUGGAAAACCACCAGGAAAUGAACAAGAAGCUCUGUGAUGAAUUUGAGAAGAUCGCAGAUAAUGCACUGAGCACCCCUCCCAACACACAGGAACUGAUGGAGCUCAAGGCGUUUGUGGACAAGGUGGAGGCCACGGAGAUGCCCCUCCUGGAGACCAAGCUGUCAGAGUCCAAGACCCGUCUGUGUUUCCUAGUGGACUAUGUCACCUUCUCCCCUCUGGACAUGCGCCUCAACCGGCAGACCUUCCAGUGGCACACACGAAUGCCCUCCAUCUUCGAGGAGCACCGGCAGAUCACCAGGGAGAAGACAGAGCAGUACCAGGGUGGCCUUAAGCUGCGGUGUGAGAGGUUUGUGGAGGAGCUAGAGAGCUAUGCCAAGCAGGCGGAGGAGUUUGUCACCUUCGGGGACCUGUCCGAGCUCAGCAAGUACCUGAAAAAGGCACAGACCCUUAACUCCAAACUGGACACCGCCAUGGAGAAGAUCGAAGGCUUCAACCAGGAGGAAGAGGCCUUCAACUGGCCCGUGUCCCAGUACCCACAGCGCAAGAAGGUCCAGGACCGCCUGCUCCCCUUCCUCCGCCUCUACGAGACGGCUGCAGAGUUCCAGAACCAGCACCAUAAAUGGGUUCACGGGCCACUGUCCGCGGUCAACCCAGACAAGGUGGAGGGCGAUGUGGGCAACUAUUGGCGUGCCCUUUACAAGCUGGAAAAGGGUUUCGGGGAUACGCCCAAGGCUCUGCACAUUGCUAGCCGUGUUAAGGCUGAGGUGGAGGCCUUUAAGGAGCACAUCCCCCUCGUACAGGUGCUGUGUAACCCGGGGCUACGUGACCGCCACUGGAACACCAUGUCGGAGGUGGUGGGCUUCCCGCUGCGUCCAGCCGAGGAAGGUGCCUGCGUGGCCCGCUUCAUUCCACUGCGCCUGGAGGCCCACCUUGCCAGCUUCGAGGGCGUCAGCGAAGCAGCCAGCAAGGAGCACUCGCUGGAAAAGGCCAUGGAGAAGAUGGCCCUGGAGUGGGGCGACAUGGACUUUGCCCUGCUGCCCUACCGCGAGACUGGCACGUCCAUCCUGUCAUCGGUGGACGAAGUGCAGAUGCUGCUGGACGACCACAUUGUCAAGACGCAGACCAUGCGGGGCUCGCCCUUCAUCAAGCCCUUUGAGGCUGAGAUCAGGGACUGGGAAGGCAAGCUUCUGCUUCUGCAGGAGAUCCUGGACGAGUGGCUGAAGGUGCAGUCCACCUGGCUCUACCUAGAGCCCAUAUUCAGCUCCCCAGACAUCAUGGCCCAAAUGCCAGAGGAGGGACGCCGCUUCACUGCCGUCGACAAGACCUGGAGGGACACCAUGAAGCAUGUCUCUCUGGACAAGCACGUGCUGGCCGUGGUGGCCAUCGACCAGAUGCUGGAGAAGCUGAAGAAGUCAAAUGAGUUCCUGGAGUUGAUCCUGAAGGGCCUCAAUGAAUACUUGGAGAAGAAGCGCCUCUAUUUUCCACGAUUCUUCUUCCUGUCCAACGACGAGCUGCUGGAGAUCCUGUCUGAAACCAAAGACCCCACAAGGGUUCAGCCUCAUCUGAAGAAGUGUUUCGAGGGCAUCAACGACGUGGUGUUCACAGAAGUGCUGGACAUUACCCACAUGAAGAGCAGCGAGGGAGAGGUGGUGGAGCUCCUAGAUAUAAUCUCCACUUCCAAGGCCCGCGGCCAGGUGGAGAAAUGGCUCCUAGAGCUAGAGAUGGGUAUGAUCAGCUCCCUGCAUAAGGUGAUUGGGGAGGCCAUUGAGGCAUACCCCAAGGACCUGAGGAUCAACUGGGUGCGUACCUGGCCCGGCCAGACGGUGCUGUGCGUUUCCCAGGUGUACUGGACCAAAGACAUUCACGCGGCCAUCGUCUCAGGGCAGAAGGCCCUGGAUGUCUACCUGCAGCAGAACAACAGUCAGAUCGAUGACAUUGUGAUGCUGGUGCGCGGGAAACUGUCCAAGCAGAACCGGGUCACCCUGGGUGCUCUGGUGGUACAGGACGUCCAUGCCCGAGAUGUGCUAGCCACACUGGUCCAGAAAGGCAUCAGAGACGAAACUGACUUUGAGUGGCUCAGUCAGCUACGCUACUACUGGGUGGAAGACCGUCUCCAGACUAAGAUGAUCAACGCCGGCCUUGCUUAUGGUUACGAGUAUCUGGGGAACACACCACGCCUGGUCAUCACUCCACUUACUGACCGCUGCUACAGAACACUGUUUGGGGCCCUGCACUUAUACUUGGGAGGGGCCCCUGAAGGUCCCGCAGGUACAGGGAAGACGGAGACCACCAAGGAUCUGGCCAAGGCUGUGGCCAAGCAAUGUGUUGUCUUCAACUGCUCCGACGGCUUGGAUUACAUCGCCCUGGGGAAGUUCUUCAAGGGAUUGCUGUCUUGUGGAGCCUGGGCCUGCUUCGACGAGUUCAACCGCAUUGACCUGGAGGUUCUAUCAGUGGUAGCCCAGCAGAUUCUCACCAUACAGAGAGGUAUUACUUCCCAUGCUGAAAUGCUGCUGUUUGAGGGUACGGAGCUAAAGCUAAACCCCUCCUGUGCUGUGUUCAUCACCAUGAACCCAGGAUACGCCGGUCGCUCUGAACUGCCAGACAACCUAAAGGCUCUCUUCAGGACGGUGGCCAUGAUGGUCCCGGACUACGCCAUGAUAUCUGAGAUUGUGCUCUACUCUUGUGGGUUUGUGACUGCCCGGCCACUGUCGGUGAAGAUCGUAGCUACCUACAGGCUGUGUUCAGAACAGCUGUCCAUGCAGCACCACUACGACUACGGCAUGAGGGCCGUCAAGUCUGUCCUGACGGCCGCCGGGAACCUGAAGCUGAAGUAUCCUGAUGAAAAUGAAGACAUCCUGUUGCUUAGGUCCAUCAUUGACGUCAACCUGCCCAAGUUCCUGGCUCAUGAUCUACCGCUCUUUGGGGGCAUCACCUCUGAUCUGUUCCCCGGGGUCAAACUCCCCAAACCGGACUAUCGUCUCCUGCUGGAGGCCAUCAAAGAGAACAGCGAUAAGAUGAACCUGCAGGUGACAGACUUCUUCGCAGAGAAGAUCCUGCAGAUCUUUGAGAUGAUGAUCGUGCGCCACGGCUUUAUGCUGGUGGGGGAGCCCUUUGGUGGGAAGACGUGCGCCUACCGGGUGCUGGCAGCAGCCCUACAAGACAUCUGUGAGAAGGGUUUAAUGGAUGAAAACCGGGUCCAAAUCACGGUUAUAAAUCCCAAGUCCAUCACCAUGGGCCAGCUGUACGGUCAGUUUGACCCAGUCUCUCACGAGUGGUCGGACGGCAUCCUGGCGGUCAGCUACAGAGCCUUCGCCUGCUCUCAGAGUCCGGACAGGAAGUGGCUGAUCUUUGACGGGCCGGUGGAUGCUGUGUGGAUCGAGAACAUGAACACGGUGCUGGACGACAAUAAGAAGCUGUGCCUGAUGAGCGGAGAGAUCAUUCAGAUGUCCCCGCAGAUGAGCCUCAUAUUCGAGCCCAUGGACCUGGAGGUGGCCUCCCCAGCCACGGUGUCUCGCUGUGGCAUGAUCUACAUGGAGCCUCACAUGCUGGGCUGGCGGCCCCUCAUGUUGUCCUGGCUCAACACACUGCCCACCACAGUCAACGCCAUGCACAAGGACCUCAUCACUGGUCUCUUUGACCGGAUGCUGCCGGCCUGCCUCCAGCUGAUACGCAAGGCUACCCAGGAGCUCUCCCCGACAUCAGACACAAACCUGGUGAACUCGCUGAUGAACUUGAUGGAUUGCAUGAUGGACGAGUACAGCGAGGAGGUCAAGAUGAAGGGCAUGAAUGAGAGGGACAUCUGCUCCUGGCUAGAGGGCAUCUUCAUCUUCUGCCUGGUGUGGUCGGUGGGUGCCAGCUGUACGGAGUCCGGACGGGUGAAGUUUGACAGCCUGGUUCGGGAGAUGAUGGAGGGUGCCUUGAGCGAAGAGACACGGGCACGCCAUGGCAUUCUAGAGCAUGUGGAGUCUCCUGCCAAGCAGCUGACUGUGCCUCUGCCCACGGAGGGCACACUCUAUGAGUAUCGCUUCAUUAAAGAGGGCCCAGGGAGGUGGGAGUUGUGGACAGACGAGUUGAAGAUGGCGCCCCCUAUCCCCAAGGAUGUGCAUUUCAACCAGAUCAUUGUUCCCACGGAGAACACAGUGCGCUACACAGCUCUAAUGGAGCUGCUUAUCACCCACCAGAAGCCCACCAUCUUCAUCGGCCCCACAGGCACUGGCAAAAGUGUCUACAUCAUUGACUUUCUGUUGAACCGUCUGAAUAAGGAUGUAUAUAGCCCCCUGAUGAUUAACUUCUCAGCACAGACCACAGCCGCCCAGACACAGAACAUCAUCAUGUCAAAGCUGGAUAAGCGCCGCAAAGGGGUGUACGGCCCGCCCAUGGGCAAGAGGACGGUGGUGUUUGUGGACGAUGUGAACAUGCCGGCCAGGGAGACGUACGGGGCCCAGCCCCCCGUGGAGCUGCUGCGUCAGUGGCUGGACCACUGGAACUGGUACGACAUGAAGGACUGCUCCAUGAUCAAGCUGGUGGACAUCCAGAUCAUGUGUGCCAUGGGACCGCCCGGUGGUGGGAGAAACCCAAUCACAGCUCGCUACCUACGCCACUUAAACACGGUCACCAUCAACGACUUUGACGAGAAGACCAUGUACACAAUUUUCUCCAGAAUCAUGGACUGGCACCUCACUAUCAGGUUUGCUUUCCCCAAGCCAUUUGCAACGCUGACCGCUCAGAUCAUAAAUGGCACAAUGUCUGUGUACCAGGAGGCCACCAAGAACCUGCUGCCAACCCCGGCCAAGUCCCACUACCUUUUUAACCUGCGAGACUUCUCCCGCGUCAUCCAGGGCAUCUGUCUGUCCCGACCUGAAACAGCUGAGAACCCCAGCGCCAUCAAGCGCCUCUGGGUGCAUGAGGUCCAGAGGGUGUACUACGACCGUCUAGUGCACGACUCAGACCGGGCCUGGAUGGUGGGCUACCUCCAGGAGGUGUCCCAGUCCUUCCUCAAAGAGGACUUCCACCAGCUCUUCCAGCACCUAGACCAGGACCAGGACGGGUGCGUGACGGAGGAUGACCUCCGCAGCCUCAUGUUCUGCGACUUCCACGACCCCAAGGGCGAGGACCGCAACUACCGCGAGGUGAACAACCUGGACCAGCUGCGGCAGGUGGUUGAGUCGCACCUGGAUGAGUACAACAACGUCAGCAAGGCGCCCAUGAACCUGGUGCUCUUCCGCUUCGCCAUCGAGCAUGUGUGCCGUAUCUCGCGCGUGCUCAAGCAGCCGCGCGGCCAUGCCUUGCUGGUAGGGGUGGGCGGGAGUGGGAGACAGUCUGUUACCAGGUUGGCCGCCCACAUGGCAGAGGCUGAGCUCUUCCAGGUGGAGAUUGCAAAGAGCUACGGCAUGACAGAGUGGCGUGACGACCUCAAGCUGAUCAUGCGCAAGUCCACGCAGGGCGACACGCAUGGUGUCUUCCUCUUCACUGACACACAGAUCAAGAUGGAGUCCUUCCUGGAGGACGUCAGCAACCUGCUCAACACUGGAGAGGUACCCAACCUGUUUGCGACUGACGAGAAAGCAGAGAUCUGCGAGCGCAUGCGUGUGCUUGAUCGUCAAAGGGAGCGCGACAAGCAGACGGAUGGCAGCCCACUAUCGCUCUUCAACAUGUUCCUGGAGCGCUGCCGCUCGCAGCUGCACGUGGUGCUGGCCAUGAGCCCUAUUGGAGACACCUUCCGGAGCCGCCUGAGACGCUUCCCUGCCCUCAUCAACUGUUGCACCAUCGACUGGUUCCAGAGCUGGCCGGAGGACGCGCUGCAGGCGGUGGCCUCACGGUUCCUGGAGGACAUCGAGAUGACAGACGAGUCACGGAUGGGCUGCAUUAACAUGUGCAAGAGCUUCCACACAUCCACCAUCGAGCUGUCGGCCUGUUUCCUGUCCGAGCUGCAGCGCCAUAACUAUGUCACGCCCACCUCCUACCUGGAGCUCAUCUCCACCUUCAAGGCCCUGUUGGAGAAGAAGAGAGCAGAAGUAAUGAAGCUGAAGCGCCGCUAUGAAGUGGGCUUGGAGAAGCUGGAGUCUGCAGCCGCCCAGGUAGCCACCAUGCAGGUGGAACUGGAGGCCCUGCAGCCGCAGCUGCGUGUGGCCAGCAAGGAGGUGGAUGAGAUGAUGGUGGUGAUUGAGCACGAGUCGGUGGAGGUUGCCAAGACGGAGAAGGUGGUGAAGGUGGAUGAGGCGGUGGCCAACGAACAGGCCAUGGCGGCCAAGGCCAUCAAAGACGAGUGCGACGCCGACCUGGCCAUCGCCAUGCCCAUCCUGGAGUCAGCCCUGUCCGCUCUGGACACACUAACCAACCAGGACAUCACAGUGGUCAAGUCCAUGAAGAGCCCUCCACCGGCGGUCAAGCUGGUGAUGGAGGCCAUCUGCAUCUUGAAGGGCCUGAAGCCGGACCGCAUCCCUGACCCCUCGGGCUCCGGCAAGAAGGUGGAGGACUUCUGGGGCCCGGCCAAGAAGCUCCUUGGAGACAUGAAGUUUCUUCAGAGCCUUCAUGAGUAUGACAAGGAAAACAUCCCACCCCACCUCAUCGCCAUUAUCCGCAAACAGUACAUCACCAACCCAGACUUUGUCCCAGAGAAGAUCCGUACCGCCUCCACGGCCGCCGAGGGGCUGUGCAAGUGGGUGCGCGCCAUGGAAUCCUACGACAAAGUGGCCAAAGUGGUGGCCCCUAAGAAGGAGAAGCUAUCUCAGGCCGAGGGGGAGCUGAAGGUGGCCAUGGAGAGCCUGCGUAAAAAACAGGCUGCCCUCAAAGAGGUCCAGGACAAACUGGCAAAGCUGCAGCAGACACUGGAGGCCAACAAGAACAAGAAGGCUGAACUAGAGAAUCAGGUGAAAUUGUGCAGCAAGAAGCUGGAGAGAGCUGAGCAGCUGAUUGGUGGGCUGGGUGGUGAGAAGACUCGCUGGAGCGAGACAGCCUUUAACCUUGGGGACCUCUACACCAACCUGACAGGGGACAUCCUCAUUUCGUCAGCCAUCGUAGCUUACCUGGGGGCAUUCACCUCCAGCUAUAGACAGGCUCAGACCGAGGAGUGGAUGGAGCUGUGUAAGAGCAGAGACAUCCCGUGCUCCAGCAAUAUGUCCCUGAUGAACUCGCUGGGGGAGCCAGUCAAGAUCCGCAGUUGGACCAUCGCCGGGCUGCCAUCGGACAGCUUUUCUGUAGACAAUGGCAUCAUCAUCUCCAAUGCCCGAAGGUGGCCCCUGAUGAUCGACCCCAGCCAGGCAAACAAGUGGGUAAAGAACAUGGAGAAGGCCAACUGUCUGCACAUCAUCAAACUGAGCGACGGAGACUUUGUGCGCACCCUGGAGAACUGCAUCCAGUUUGGCACACCAGUGCUCCUGGAGAACAUUGGUGAGGAGCUGGAUGCCAUUCUGGAGCCCCUGCUGCUGAAGCAGACCUUCAAGCAGGGCGGUGCCAUCUGCAUCCGCCUGGGAGACUCCACUAUCGAGUAUGCCCCGGACUUCCGUUUCUACAUCACCACCAAGCUCCGCAACCCCCACUACCUGCCUGAAACUUCUGUUAAGGUGACCCUGCUGAACUUUAUGAUCACCCCCGAGGGCAUGCAGGACCAGCUGCUGGGCAUCGUGGUGGCCAGGGAGAGGCCUGACCUGGAGGAGGAGAAACAGGCCCUCAUAUUGCAGGGGGCCGAGAACAAGAGGCAGCUGCAGGAGAUCGAGGACAAGAUCCUGGAGGUGCUGUCCUCUUCAGAGGGCAACAUCCUGGAGGAUGAGACGGCCGUCAAGAUCCUCUCCUCGUCUAAGGUUCUGGCCAACGAGAUCUCGGAGAAGCAGGCCAUCGCCGAGGUGACGGAGGUGAAGAUCGACGAGACACGCAUGGGUUACACUCCCAUUGCUGUGCACUCUGCCAUCCUCUUCUUCUCCAUCGCAGACUUGGCCAACAUCGAGCCCAUGUACCAGUACUCGCUCACCUGGUUCAUCAACCUCUUCAUCGCUUCCAUCGACAACUCGGACAAGAGUGACAUCCUGGACCAGAGGUUGCAGAUUCUGAGGGACCAUUUCACCUACUCUCUCUACGUCAAUGUGUGCCGCUCGCUAUUUGAGAAAGACAAGCUGCUCUUCUCCUUCUGCCUCAACGUCAACCUGCUCAUGCACGACAAGCUGGUGGAUGAGAGCGAGUGGCGCUUCCUGCUAACAGGUGGCGUGGGCCUGGACAAUCCCCACGCCAACCCUUGCACCUGGCUCCCCAAGAAGGCUUGGGAUGAGCUCUGCCGCCUCGAUGAGAUGGACUGCUUCAAGGGCCUGCGCAAGGACAUGUCCCGAAUGAAAGACGCCUGGAAGGAGGUGUACGAUAGCCCGACUCCCCACCACACACCUUUCCCAGCAGAGUGGCAGCAGAACCUUGGACAGUUUCAGAAGAUGCUGGUUAUACGCUGUCUUAGACCAGACAAGGUCAUUCCCAUGGUGCAGGAGUUUGUAUCGGACAGUCUGGGGCGUCAGUUCAUCGAGGCGCCCCCCUUCAACCUGGGGAAAGCAUUUGGGGACAGUCACUGCUGCGCCCCCCUCAUCUUCAUCCUCUCCCCCGGUUCUGACCCCAUGGCCGCCUUACUCAAGUUUGGUGAUGAGCAGGGCUUCAGUGGAAACAAGUUGAGCUCUCUGUCUCUGGGCCAGGGCCAGGGCCCCAUCGCCAUGAGCUUGAUUGAGACGGGUGUGAAGGAGGGCACCUGGGUGGUCCUACAGAACUGUCACCUGGCCACCUCAUGGAUGUCCACUAUGGAGAGAGUGUGUGAGGAGCUGAACCCUGACACCACCCAUCCAGACUUCCGUCUGUGGCUGACCAGCUACCCCUCGCCCACCUUCCCUGUGGCAGUGCUUCAGAAUGGGGUGAAGAUGACCAAUGAGGCGCCAAAAGGCCUUCGCGCCAACAUCGCCCGCUCAUUCCUCAUGGACCCCAUCUCCGACCCCGAGUUCUUCUCCAGCAGCAGCAAGCCGGGUGUGUUUAAGAGGCUGCUGUAUGGCCUGUGCUUCUUCCACGCGUUGAUCCAGGAGAGGAAGAAGUUUGGUCCCAUGGGCUGGAACAUUCCGUAUGAGUUCAAUGAAACCGACCUGAGGAUCUCUGUCCAGCAGCUCCAUAUGUUCCUGGAGCAGUAUGAGGAAGUGCCCUUUGAAGCCAUCCACUACAUGACUGGUGAAUGUAACUACGGUGGCCGCGUGACGGAUGACUGGGACCGGCGGACGCUGCGCACCAUCCUGACGAUCUUCUACACCCCCAAGAUUCAAGACCCUGACUACAAGUUUGACCCCAGCGGCCUGUAUUACUCACCACCGGAGGGAGACUAUAACAGUUACAUAGACUACACCAAGGCUCUGCCUCUGAAUCCGUCUCCUGAGAUUUUUGGUAUGAACGCCAACGCUGAUAUCACCAAGGACCAGUCCGAGACGCAGCUUCUCUUCGAUAGCAUUCUGCUCACACAGUCACGUUCCUCAGGGGGUGACGCCAAGUCAUCAGACGACAUGGUGUAUGAUGUGGCUGCAGACGUCCUCAGCAAGCUGCCACCCGACUUUGACAUUGAGGCAUCCAUGCGCCGCUUCCCCACCAGCUACAACCAGAGCAUGAACACAGUGCUGGUGCAGGAGAUGGGCCGCUUCAACAACCUGCUCAGGAUCAUCCGAGACUCCUGCAUCAACAUCCAGAAAGCCAUCAAAGGCCUGGUGGUGAUGUCUGGUGAGCUGGAGGAGGUGGUGAACAGCAUUCUGAAAGGUCGUAUCCCUGGCAUGUGGAUAAAGAAGUCCUACCCCAGCCUCAAACCCCUGGGCAGCUACGUCAAUGACUUCCUGGAUAGACUGAAGUUCCUACAGGACUGGUAUGAACACGGGACUCCGGCAGUAUUCUGGAUGUCAGGCUUCUUCUUCACCCAGGCCUUCCUGACUGGAGGCCAGCAGAACUAUGCCCGCAAACACACCAUCCCCAUCGACUUGCUGGGCUUCGACUUUGAGGUGCUGGAUGACAAGGAGUAUCGCCAGCCCCCCGAAGACGGUGUGUACAUUUAUGGGCUCUACCUUGACUGUGCACGUUGGGACAGAAAGACCAAGCUCUUGGCUGAGUCCUACCCCAAAGUGCUACAUGACGCCAUGCCUGUGAUGUGGCUGAAACCCAUUAAAAGGCAGGACAUCCCCCAGCGUAUGUGCUACCUCUCCCCCGUCUACAAGACUGGCGAGCGCCGCGGCACACUCUCCACCACUGGCCACUCCACCAACUACGUAAUCGCCAUGGCGCUCAACUCGGACGUGCCCGCCGAGCACUGGAUCAGACGAGGGGUGGCGCUGCUUUGCCAGCUCAAUGCAUAGACUUCCCCUAUGCUCUGUUUUGCAUCUACUAUUUAUCCAGUUUUAUGUAAGAAGAGUUAUGAAAAGGAUGUUCUCUGGCUUGUUUUCUUUUCCCACACAGUGCUUCAUGAAUGUAUUGCUGAGAAUAAUUUGUAAUGAUAUUUUACUUUGAUGGGCUACGGAAGCAUAUACAAAAGCACAAGUGAUGAGGAUGAGCCCAAAACCUCAUAGAUGCAGCGCCUCUAUACCCACAAGCACUGGACAUUGAACCUUUGCAAGUUUCCAAAGCCUUGUAUUACAUAAUUGAACAUCAGCCGUAAAAUCUUAAAAUUCGACACAGCUGAUUGCUCAGCAGCUGAGUGUUUCAACAUUUUGAUUAGUCUGCCAACAAUGAUUCCCAUUACAUUUUCACAAUAAUUCUUAAUUUCUAUGAUAUAUCUGUACAUAGAGCAACAUUUUAGAGCAACAAAACCUUCUUUAAACUUAUCAAAUUUUGUUUCAAAUUCUCCAAUGACAGAUACAAACACAGAUUGUUCUUAUUCUAUCUUGUUCUGAGGGCAGCGCUGCAGAAUCAAAUGUGAUCAGAGAUGGGUCAUUUCACCACUAGAGUGCCUUUUUUGCUAAGGUAAUUUGGUAACAAAAAAAACAGUUCAAAUCCAUAAAAAAAACAUGUUUUCCAAUCUCAAGAGUUUAAAUUAAGAAAAUAUACUAUAGUAGGUGCCAAUUAAAGUAACAGGAUUGAAGUAAAAAAAAAUGUAAAUCAACCAUAACUCCCGUUGUGACAAGGGAUGAAGGGAAGAUUGUUGUGUGCAACAGGGAUAAUUUCACAUUAAAAAUGAAAUUGUUAAAACA